AUGCCUGACCUGCUUUCCAUGCUGACAACCUUCUCCUUCCUGUGUGAGCUGAGGCGCUUCCUGUGUGAGGUCCUGCCUCAGAACCGCCCUGAGUUUCCUCAGCUCCAGCUGGGCUCGCUACAGUACGUGCCCUACCUGUCGCUGGGCUUGUCCUCCAGAAAGACCCUGCUGGCUGGGCUGAUCAACUCCUCGUCCACCACUGUCUUCUCCUUCUCUCAAUGGGGCUCCAUGCUUCAGGUGCAUCAUGGACAGUUGGCUCUGUCUCCCUCUCUGUUGGAGGAGCUCAGGCAGAGGUUGGAGCAGAUUGGGAUGCAGAUAAUGGAGGUGAUAGGGGGAAAGGAGGUGGGUAGCAGGGCCAAAGAGAGGUUGGGGAGGCUCAAAGAACUCAGUGCUUUACCAAAGACAGAACCAGGAGCAGGAGAGAACCAGUACCGCGCCUUUCUUCUCCUGAAAGCCCUGCAGACGCUGGCCCGUUCCUACGAGCUGCAGAUAGGACAGCGGACCCCCAGAGCCAGCUCCACUAACCCGGCGAGGGGCAACGUCUGCAGCCUGAGAGGUCUCACCGUCUCCCUCGAGAAGCAUUUAAUAGGGCCUUCCACCUCGUCGCUGUUGCAAUGCUCUGGAAACAGCGGGGCCUUGCAAAUCUCCGAAGAGAGGGUCUGUGAUGAUCCUUGCUUGCCUGUCCACAAAGGCGACUAG